CUCUUGCCUCUGCACAGAUGAACAUUUGAAAGUACCAUCGUCAAACAUCGGCAACCAUGGAAACCUCAUCAAUGCUUUCCUCACUAAAUGAUGAGUAUAGAUCUGACAACUACAUUGAGCCACACUACAAGGAGUGGUACCGUGUGGCUGUGGAUGCUCUGAUUGAACAUGGGUUAGAAGCCUACCAAGAAUUCCUCGUUAAGGAGCGAGUUUCAGACUUUCUAGCUGAGGAAGAAAUUAAUUAUAUUUUGAAAAAUGUCCAGAAGUUUGCACAAAAUACAGAACGUGGCUCUGAUAAUUCUUGUGAUGGUGGCUCGUCUUCGGGGACUUAUUGGCCCAACGUGUCUGAUGUGGAGGCUCCAAAUCUUGAUUUAGGCUGGCCAUAUGUGAUGCCCGGACUCUUAGGGAGUACCCAUAUAGACCUCCUCUUUCAUCCCCCGAGAGCACAUCUACUUACAAUAAAGGAAACUGUUCGGAAGAUGAUAAAAGAAGCAAGAAAGGUCAUUGCUAUAGUGAUGGACAUAUUUACUGAUGUGGAUAUUUUCAAAGAAAUAGUGGAGGCAUCAACUCGAGGGAUAUCUGUAUAUAUUUUACUUGAUGAGUCCAAUUUUAAUCAUUUUCUAACUAUGACUGAAAAACAAGGUUGUCAAAUUCAACGUCUCAGGAACAUUCGAGUACGGACAGUAAAAGGCCAAGAUUAUCUUUCGAAAACAGGAGCAAAAUUCCAUGGGAAAAUGGAACAGAAAUUUUUGUUAGUUGACUGCCAGAAAGUGAUGUACGGUUCUUACAGCUACAUGUGGUUAUUUGAAAAAGCUCAUCUCAGCAUGGUUCAGAUAAUCACAGGACACCUUGUAGAGUUAUUUGACGAAGAAUUCCGAACGCUCUAUGCCAGGUCCUGUGUCCCAAGUUCUUUUGCUCAGGAAGAAUCAGCCAGGGUGAAGCCCGGCAAACCUCUGUGGGAGAAUGGCGUUUACCAGCGCUCCAUUUCUUCAUUAGCUUCUGUUUCCAGCCAAAGAAACCUUUUCAGUAGACAAGACCAAAUGCACACACUAGACUCUAGUUACUUCAAAGGCAGAGGGAUGUAUACCCUAAACGAACAUGACAAACAUAGCAUGAGAAAUCACGGGUACAAGCCCCAUUUUGUUCCAAACUUCAAUGGUCCAAAUGCAAUCCGUCAGUUUCAACCCGGGCAGAUCAAUGAAAACUGGAAAAGGCAUAGUUACGCUGGUGAACAGCCGGAAACAACUCCAUACCUGCUGCUCAACAGAGCUCUGAAUCGAACUCAUAAUGCUCCUGGACACUGGAGAAGACCUUCAGACAGUCUCAGUGUGGCCUCCUCAUUACGGGGAGGCCAGGCGAGCCAGAAAAACAUCCCUGCUCAGAGUUUUGCCGAUCGGCUCGCCCAGAGAAAAACAACAAAUCUUGCCGAAAGGAAUUCAAAUGUGCGGAGGUCAUUUAAUGGAACAGAUAAUCACAUCCGCUCUUUACAGCAGCGGAUGCCAACCCUGGAGAAUACCACAAAGUCUUUCCUACGAAGCUGGAGAAUUGACUCCUACUUAAGUGAUAAUUCAGACGCCCCACCUGACUCAAAUGGGUACCUGGGUGACAGAUUUGAGGGCUAUGAUAAUCCCGAGAACGUGAAAGCCAAUGCACUCUACGCUCAUUCGAGGCUUCGUUCCUCAUUUGUGUUUAAACCAACUUUACCUGAACAAAAAGAAGUCAACAGCUGUACAACUGGCUCCUCAAAUUCCACCAUCAUCGGCUCUCAAGGAAGCGAUACACCUAGGGAGGUCCCAGAUAACUCCACAAAUGCACAGCCCUUGACAGAAAAACCCUUGCCUGACUCAAUUCCCAAGCUCCCAGCACAGUCAGAGGUACCAAAAAUACACAGCUUGCAGAUUCCCGAAAAACAACCAGCAAUCAUGAACCAAAUAACCAAUGGCCGAGCAGAAUUAAACAACUGUAUAUAUACAAAUCUGUGUGUAAAUAAGCAGACAGAGAACAUAAAAAACCAGCAAAGCGAGAAUCUGCUCAAAAGGCGAAGUUUCCCAUCCUUUGACCACUCAAAAGUCAAUUUGGAUCAUGGAAAUAGCAAGAAUUAUGUGUAUAGUACCCUUACCAGAAAUCGAAUUAGACAACCAGAAAAACCCAAAGAGGAUGUGCUGAAGAGUUCUAAAAGCAUGCACAAUGUGACCCACAGUUCAGAUGAGGAAGAGGAGGCCAUCAAGAGAGCCCCUCCAAGUAGCUCAGCCACCAAAUCUAUUUCCAUUGCUGCUUUGCUUGAGGUGAACAAAGAGGAACCUAGCAAAGACCUCUCUUCCAAGAAGGAAGUUAAAGGCUCCCCAAGUUUUUUGAAAAAGGGGUCUCAGAAGUUAAGGUCCUUACUUAGCCUCACUCCAGAAAAGAGAGAAAACCUAUCUAAGAACAAGGCACCUGCGUUUUACAGAAUGUGUAGUAGUUCUGAUACUUUGGUUUCUGAGGGUGAAGAGAAUCAGAAGCCCAAAAAAUCCGAGCCCAGGGUUGAUUCAUCUCCUAGAAGAAAACGUUCCUCCUCAUCAAAUUCUCAAGGCAGCAUCCACAAGAGCAAGGAGAACAUAGCAGUUAGCUCAUCUCCAGGGAUAAAUUCCCAAGCAGAGGAAUGUAGGAGAAUAGCUCCUUCUCCUACUCCUGUUGAAAGGAGGCUUUCAGAGAGAGCGGGAGAUGCCUCUGCCCCAAGAUUUAACACCGAGCAGAUCCAAUACCGUGAUUCGAAAGAGAUCAACGCGGUCCUUGCCCCUCAAAGACGGCCAACCUCUUCUCCAGUGCUAAAGUCCAAUGAGCUCCUGAGAUCUCAUUCAACCAACCAGCGAGUUUACAGUCGAUUUGAGCCAUUUUGUAAGAUUGAGAGCUCUAUUCAGCCAGCGAGCAGCAUGACAAAUACACAUGUCAAUCGCCCAGAAGUCAAAUCCACAACUAUGGGCAGUAGUUACGGCAGGUCCAGCCCGAUGCUGAAUUACAAGACUGGUGCUUACAAUUCAUACGCCACCAAUGAAAACAAGUUCCGAGGAUUCAUGCAAAAGUUUGGAAACUUCAUACACAAAAACAAGUGACAUUACAUUCAUUUCAAAUUGCAAUUGAAAUAUAAAAUGAAUGUGACUGUAAAUAUUUAUCCAAAGGACACUGCCCGGAUUUUUGUGCCAUGCCAAGAGCAUUCUGCAUUGGAACUGGGGAAAUGUGUAGUAGUGUACAGAACAGUUCAUCUUUUGUGGUAAAAAUUAGUUGUACUUGGUUAGCCUACAAAGGACUAUCCCAGUAAACACAUUAAAAGGUUGUUUUUAAAUGACAA